AUGAGUCUAUUGCAAGAGAGCGGUUCGCUUCGAGAGCGGCGACCCUCGCUCUUCGGUCACGGUGGCGGCCGCAGCGGGGAUGGGGCCGCGGUCCUUACUAACGGCGCCCAGGCCGGCGGGGGAUCCCAUAUUUCCGAUCACGGGCACGAUGGUGACAACACCAAAUCGGGCCAGAGUAUACAGAAGGUGGUGCUUGAUAUCCAUAAGGGCCCCUCUGCCGUCGGUCGCCAAGACAUUAUACAUGGCACGGGAGACUUGCGAGUAGCCGGCUACUCGUCGAGCGGCGGCGGAGACACCCUAGCUCUAGAAGGAGGGGGCGAGCUGCCACAAUACGGAACAAGUACCGUACUCAAACGCCGCGCGGGCGCCUUAGGCACGAACUGGGUCGUUCCUCGCGAGCACGUGGUUACGAUGACGAGACGAGCUAGUAGCGACGGGCCCGUCGUCUCCCGCGGCACGACAUAUACAGGGGUCCCUUUCGUCAUUCGCUUGACGCCCGGCAAUGCCUACUUUUGGUCCAUCGGUUCAGAAUCCGUCGACGUCCCGGCUGGCGAGGUCGACAGCCUCGGGGAGCCGAGUCCGGAUAUCGAGACGCUAGAGACAGGGGAGUGGGUGGAUGUGGAGGCGACCCUGAGCCGAGAGCAGGAGGCCACCUGGACGGUCCUCGAGGAGCCAACCCAGACUAUGGCAAACGAAGGGACGGACGACGAAGACGAUCGUCCUAGGAAUUCCACCCCGUCUCCCCAAUCGCAGCGCAGGAGCGGGAGAAUGGCGUGGUUCCGGUUCGGGUGCUAG